AUGCCAGCAGUUUACUAUAGCUUGUGGUUAUGUUUAGUUUUGUGUCCGUAUGUAAUAACACAGUAUAUCUAUCCUAUAGAUGAUACACCUGGAUUUGGUAGAAGAUUUGAUGGUGUAGGGGGGUUGAGCGGAGGGGGAGCAACAAGUAAACUAUUAGUUAAUUAUCCACAACAACAGCGAGAUGAAAUACUUGAUUAUUUAUUCAAGCCAAAUUUUGGAGCUUCCUUACAUAUUCUUAAAGUGGAAAUUGGUGGCGAUGGUCAGAGCACAGAUGGAACUGAAGCUUCCCACAUGCACUAUAGCUGGGAUUUGAAUUUUGAACGAGGUUAUGAAUGGUGGAUGAUGAAGGAAGCGAAAAAGAGAAAUCCGGAUAUCAAAUUAUUCGGAUUGCCAUGGGCUUUUCCAGGGUGGGUUGGUGGAGGAACCUUAAGUCCCUACACAUAUCCAGAAGUGACCUCAACGUAUGUUUGUGAAUGGAUUCUCGGCGCUAAAAGAAUACACAAUCUUACGAUCGACUAUGUUGGGAUUUGGAAUGAACGGGAUUAUAAUGUUACUUAUAUUUUGACAUUAAGAAAGACAUUAGAUUCCUUUGGGUUACAACAUGUAGAAAUCGAGGCAGCAGAUGGAGGGAUAGAUAAGAUAGCCCACGAUGUACUUACAAAUCCAGAUCUAGCUCUUGCUGUUUCUAUUAUUGGAUAUCACCAGCCAAGAACUGACAGUGAUAUGACGGGACUUCAGACCGGUAAACCACUAUGGGCAUCUGAAGACUACAGUCAGCCACCAGAUAAUUACGGAGGAUCGUGUUGGGCCAGGACGAUCAAUCAAGAUUAUUCAAAUGGAUUUAUCACUGCUCAGGUAGCAUGGUGUAUUAUAAACAGCAUGUAUGAUGGUUUACCGUUUAAUGAUAACGGUUUAAUGCGGGCAAUAGAACCAUGGAGUGGAUCUUAUUAUGUUGCUCCUCCAAUCUGGGCUUCAGCCCAUACCACACAGUUUACCAAACCAGGAUGGAUGUAUUUAAAGCAUGGUUCUGGUGUUGGAAACUUCUCUAGAGGAGGUAGUUAUGUAACAUUUAUGAGCCCAGAUCAACAGGAUUUUACAGUAGUUAUUGAGACUGGGACAUUUAACCAUUCCCAUUGUCGCAAAGUUAUCGAACCAUUUACAGUAGAACCACAAGAUGUCAUAUUACAGCUAAAGGGGACAUUAGCGAAAGUUGAUCAGUUACAAGUGUGGUAUACCAAACUAACGUUUGAUGGAUCCAGCUCAACUAUAUUCCAAAAGAAAUCACCAUUAAAGGUUAUAAAUGGUGAAAUACGUCUAAGUUUAGAUAUUGAUGAGGUCUGGACAUUAACGACUAUUACUACUGGACAAAAGGGACAACACAAUCCCCCACCGCCACCAGCACCGUUCCCGUUACCUUAUACAGAUGACUUCGAAGUAUACCCUAUUUAUUCUGAAGCGUAUAAUUUGGUUGCUCAAGCUGGUUAUUAUGAGAUUACUGAUAUUGGAGCUCCACAAAAUAAAGUUAUCCGCCAGAUGUCACUUGAGAUGCCAGUUUUUUGGGGUAAAACAGAUAGUCUCGGAGUUACAUUGGCUCUGAUCGGGAAUGCUAACUGGACUGAUAUAAAUAUAUCUGUUGAUGCCCGUCCUGCUCCAGUAAAUGGUACCGAUGGUGUUUUCGUUGCCUGUAGAUUAUACAAUCUGGGUUUACGAGAUAGCAUCAAUGCUGGAUUAUACUUCUUCAUUUUCCCAGCAAAUAAAACAUUUGUAGUUUCUCGCGAUGUCGUCAGAAAACACGUAAUCUUACGCGGUCACCAUGCCGGAAUAACUGCUGAAUGGAAUCAACUCUCGCUAUCAGUAAAGGGAAGUGAAGCUGUAGGAAGUAUUAACAGUGUACAGGUCUUCAACACAAAAAUAUCAGGCGGUAUAAUUCAAGGUUUUGUCGGAUUGGGAACAACUUCUUAUAAACUGGCGGAUUUUGAUAAUUUAUAUAUAAGUAGACCUUAAAAUAAUCAAAUUUCAAUUUAUGAUUGAAACAGUAAUAAUUAAACUUUAUGAAUAUGAUUUAUUCAAUUUUAUCAAUUUGAAAAAAAUUAGAUAAAUUGAUUAUAUGAAAGGUAGAAUUAUUUCAUGUUUCACAAUCGAUUUUAAACAAUUUAUCAGUUGUAUUAUCUAUAUCAUUUAUAAAUAAUGUUAAUAACAUCGCCCCGAAAGCAGAUCCCUGUAGGAUCCCAUCGCCCAUUAACCCAAGAUUCAAGAUGCAUUUUUUGCAUUAGUCGCAAUAGUCAAAAUUAUUUACCCUGGGUAAAUGGAGUUAUUUACAUUAUUGACUUGGAUCAAAAACACAUAUAUUAUACUAUUUUGUAUUUGUUGCACGUACUUUUUAUGAAUGAACCAGCUCUUCGCAGGUGAUACCAAUAGUUUUUUUUUGUAUUCUAACAGAUAUAAAUUGCAUAAUUUAUGAAAAUUUUUUUUAUCAAAACAAAAUUGGCUAUUAUGCCUUGGUCCCACCGGGGAAAAAUCAUCGGCUAUGUGGAAAUAAACAAAUUUUUUCCCGAUGGCUCCUGAUGCACGAGGGAAAAACGUCUGAAACACAUUCGAGAGAAAUUUUUGUCAGUUCUCCCGAGGCCCCCCGAUGGUUCCACGUGGCUCGCGACGCUCCCGAAGCUUCCCUGGGACACAGGGGAACAUAUUCCCGACGCCUCCCGGCGCCCAUCAAUUUCCAUCGGUAGUACAUCCCCGAGGCUAAAAAUGCCCAGUGGGACCUCGGCAUAAGGUUCACCAUAUCCCCUGUAAUAAUACUAAUACAUCCGA